AUGGCCACCACUCGAUCUUCACUUCCUCAAUCAUCUAUCACUUCUUCAUAUGUCCCAAAUCCUCCUCCUCCACCUCGUUCAUCAGCUUCAGCUAGCAUUCUACAACGACAACCAUCCACCAUCUCAAUCGAUAUGCCUGUAGCUACCUCUUCUGUCGUCAACAAGACCGCUAAUCGUUCAGCUUCACUCUAUCAAAAUUGUUUAGAAGCACGUGCUUUGAUGCGUCGAGUCCCGGGUUUCGAAACCGGGCCUUGGAUCACUAACAAUCCUCUUCAAUAUGAAUCACAACCUGAACCUUUAACACCUAGAACACCACAUACACUUCAUAGUUCAAACCCUUUAGAUCCGGUUUCACAAACCUUGGAAAUCGUCAGAUUAGGAUCCUCAUUAUGUUAUCUAUACAAUUCAUUACAUCAAGCCAAGGAUGAAGAUUUAUCGAAACCGGGUUUGCCUCCCUUACCAGCCGGUAAGACGUGGAGAACGAUUAAGACGUUGAAUGUGGCUUGGUGUCCAAGAGAAGAUCUAAAAGGUUGUCAAAAAUCAGCGGCUCAUUUCAUCAUGGCAGUCAAAACUGAAUUAGGUUGGGGAACUGAGAUUGAUGAAUAUCAAGGUGAAAAUUUAAUGGUGAAUAUGCUUUAUGAUCAAAAUACAAAUGCGACGGUCAAAGUAAUUUCAAACGUUCUUAGAUUAUUACGUCUUUUAGAAACUUUAGGUGUUUUAGAACCACCUCAAAAAGAAGACGAAAUUCUUUCAAGUGGAAAUGAUCUUGGAAUCAAAUUGGAUGAUAGAGCAAGAGUGGUUAAAGAAAUCUUAGAGUCCGAACGAAAAUAUGUUCAAGAUCUUGAAGUCUUACAAGCAACUUUACUUACAAGAGAAAUCAUGCCAUCAGAUCAAAUCAGAUCACUUUUUAUGAACUUAGAUUCUUUAGUUGAUUUCCAACGUAGGUUUCUGAUCGGAGUCGAAGCGAAUGCAAGAUUACCACAUGAAGAUCAACGCUUUGGUCAUCUGUUUGCUACCAUGGAAGAACAUUUUGUUUGUUAUGAACCGUUUUGUGCGAAUUUUGCUAGUGCUUCUCAAUUGGCUCAAGAUGAGAAUGCAGCACUUUCGAAAGUUUCGGAAAUCUUGGAUCCUAAUUAUGAACUACCAACUUUCUUGAUUAAACCGGUUCAGCGGAUAUGUAAAUAUCCUUUACUCUUACAGCAACUGGUCAAACAUUCAGAUCCCAAGGGACCAUUCUUUGAAGAAUUGAAAGAAGGUUUAGCUUCAAUCACAAGAGUAACAGAUGCAGUGAAUGAAACGACUCGACAACGAGAAAACGAAUUAGCAGUGAACGAUUUGAAAGAAAGAGUAGAAGAUUGGAAAGGACAUGAGCUAAGUUCAUUUGGAGCCUUAGUCUUAGAAGAUACAUUCACAGUCGUCAAGAACGAUUCAGAAAGAGAAUAUCAUGUUUAUCUUUUUGAAAGGAUCAUACUUUGUUGUAAAGAAGUUGGAAUCAAAUUAGAUAAGAAAGCCAGUAAACAAUCUAUGAGUCUUAAGAAGAGUCAAGCUAAUCUGGUGAAUGGACCGAAGAAAAAGAAUACUCAACAACUUAAAGGUCGAAUCUUUAUUGCUAAUGUGAUGAGUGCUAAUCCAAGACCGGUUCCUCCAGGUUGUAUUAACAAUCCCAACUUAUUACAAGUCACAUGGCGAGGAGAUAUUUCAGAAGAAUAUUUUUCAAUCAAGUGUAGAACAGAAGAACAAUUGAAGAAAUGGCAAGCAGCGAUUACUAAAGCAGUAGAUGAAGCAGUCGAUCGAAGACGAAAACAUGUCCAUCAUCUUUCAUCUAGUUCUAGAACUAAAGCUAAUAGUCCCUUAUCACAAUUUCCAAACACACCACAAUCUGAAAUGGGACCACCUCCACCACCUCAUUCAGCGGGAUAUUAUCAUCAUCAUCAUAAUGGAGGAGGUAGUAGGAUCAAUGAAUAUGGAUAUCAUACUUCUUCUUUACAUGGACCUAGUUCGAUCAGUGGUAGUUCUAGAACGUUUGAUGAUGAAGAUGAUUAUUAUCAAACUGAUCAUGAAGCAUCUACUAGUGGUAGGAAUACACCAUCGGACGGAGGAGGCUUAAGAAGACCGAAUGGACAUCGAUCUAUGCCAGCUGAAAGAUCAGGAGAUCAAAACUUUUCACAAGGUAGAGCAAGAGCUCAAACGGAUGAUGUGACUUCCUUAAACCUCACCACAUGGAGAAACCAAAUGCCAGCUUCGAUGCCACCGUUACCUAGAUCAAGUCAAACUACGAUGACGACGAUGAGUAGUGGGAUUGGAGAAGGUAUGAUGAAUGAUGGUAGCACACCUUCAUUACGAUCGUCGACUAGUUCUAAACAUUUAAGAACCAAACCAUCCCACGAAUGGGGAACGUCUAGUCAACCACAUUAUUAUCAGAUCGAAGAAGAAGCUCUACCACAUUUGCCUAGUGCUUCUUCACAACUUCAAGCACCACCCUAUUCACAACCUUCUACUCAAUCAUCACAAUCAUCACAAAGAAGACAACAUGGAUCGAUCACUGCAGCUGCACCACCACCCCUCAAUCCACAAGACUUGAGUCCACCUCUCUUUCGAUCCCGAUCAGCUUCUUCACCUAACAUUCAUCAAAACCAUCCUUUACCAAACACUCAGUGGAGCCUUCCACCCGGUCAACUGAAUGCUGGACCUCCUUUACCGUUACCUAAAGUGCCGCUUCUACAUCAUCAUCAGCAUCAUCAUAGUAAUAGUCGAAGUGGGAUGAAUCAGUAUCCAGCUGGGGUUCAGGUUGGGGUUUAUCCUGGAGGGAAUGGAGUUGAAGGAGAAAGAGAAAGAGAACGAGAUCGAGAUCGGGAAAGGGAAAGAGAAAGAGGUACGGGAUCAGGAAAGAGGGUUUCGGGAACCAGUGUUGGUAGUACUGAUCGAUCAUCAAUUGGAAGUACAGGAGUAGGAGAUUUAAGAAAUUCAUCGAUUAGGUUCAAGUUGAGAUCAGGUGAAGAUGUUUAUGUGAUUGUUUGUUUACCUACGAUUUCAUAUGAAGAAUUAAUUGAAAAGAUUAACAUGAAAUUACCAUUGUCAAAUGGAGCAGGAGGAGGAAGUGGAAAGAAAUUAAAGAUUAGAUAUGAAGAUGAAGAUGGGGAUUGGAUUUUGAUUUGUAAUGAUGAAGAUAUUAGGAUGGCAUUGGAUUGGAUGUAUGGGAUUGGAGAGAAUUCGAUGUCGUUGAUGGUGGAUUGA